CCCCCCUUCUAUGAGUGCCCGCCCUGUGCGCGUGCUCGUGACUAAUUCAUUGUAUGUGGUAGGAGACGAGGCUCGCGCACAAGUGCUGGGAAACGACGGACAGAAACUUAACCUUCAAGCAUGGCAGCGAUUCGUAAGAAGCUGGUGAUCGUAGGUGAUGGAGCAUGUGGUAAAACUUGUUUGCUGAUCGUCUUCAGUAAAGACCAGUUUCCUGAAGUGUACGUCCCCACCGUGUUUGAGAACUACGUAGCAGACAUUGAAGUGGAUAGCAAACAGGUGGAGCUAGCACUUUGGGAUACUGCAGGGCAAGAGGACUAUGACAGGCUCCGCCCACUUUCCUACCCAGACACUGAUGUCAUUCUCAUGUGCUUCUCUAUUGACAGUCCAGACAGUUUAGAAAACAUUCCAGAAAAAUGGACACCUGAGGUCAAACACUUCUGCCCAAAUGUCCCCAUCAUCCUCGUGGGCAACAAAAAGGAUUUACGAAAUGAUGAGCACACACGCAGAGAGCUGGCCAAGAUGAAACAGGAGCCAGUCAAAGCUGAGGAAGGACGGGACAUGGCUAACCGAAUCGGUGCUUUUGGCUACAUGGAAUGCUCUGCGAAGACGAAGGACGGCGUGCGGGAGGUGUUUGAGAUGGCCACCAGGGCAGCGCUGCAGGCACGCAAGGGCAAAAAGAACAACAAAUGUCUUCUCCUCUGAACAUGCAGCACUGGACUGAAACCCCAAAUAGGGGUGCAAAAUGUGUGUAGAUACACACGCUCAUUCCUCAAACUCGCCAAACAUUUUGGAAGAAAGAAUAACUGCUCUGUUCUGUUAAUUUUAUUUUUGUUUCUUCUAUUAGUUAUUGAAGUGUUUUAUCAGUAUUUAAGAAAUUUGCAAAAGGACCUUGACUUUUGCCUGUUUUGUUUGUUUUUGAUGUUUUCCCUGAGUUUUGUGAUAUUAUUAAAGCCACACCCACCUGCCAAAUGCUGUCAUGUGACUCAAAUGCCUGCCAAUCAAGUGCUCACCACAAUGCUGGGAUUUUUUUUUUUAAAUUCCCCAUGAAACAGGGCUGAAAAAUGAACAUGAUUUGUAAUGUGUAUGUAUGUAUGGUUCAUUUUUAUUUUUUAUUUUUUUUUUAGGUUAGGAAUUUAAACACCACCAACUUUCUUUGGAAGCAAAAAAGAUGGGGUGGGGGUUAGAUAUGUAUACAUGUACAUAUGUAACACGUGUGUGGAUGCACACGGUCAUGACUGGAAGUCCAUUUGUAAACUAGACUUGGUAAUCUUAUGUAAUAAAAGACUUUCUAUAAGGAA